AGUGUAAUGCUUGCUAACCAUCAGAGCCGUACAGAUAUAAAAAUAUCUAUUGAUUAAUGUUUAUCAUUUCAUAUUCCGGCAAAUUUUUCAAAUCAGUGCUGUGUUGCAAGGAAGUACGUUGGAUAACUAUAGGUAGUACAAUUGCGUGAAAUAUAAGAAGAUAAUAAAAAGUAUGAAUUUUGUGGCUGCAUUAUCGUGGUUUUGGUUUAUGGGAUUUUAUUUAGUACAAGGUACGAAUUGGUUGUGGCAAUGCGAGGAUGGCUAUUGUAAAAGAGACAACUCUGAAACCGAAAGAGAAGGAUAUUCCUCUUUGAAAAUAUGCCAAUUGAUGUGCUCGAAUUAUUUAAACAUUUGGCCUCUUCCUACCGGUAUCAUCAGAUCAUCGAAAGAAUUAAUUAACAUCAACACCAGGAACAGCAUAUUUUUCUACUACAACGCUCCGACGGAAACUUUACAUUUUUUAAAAGAAAUAUCGAAGUAUUUCGAAAACCAGCUCAAGAACAAAGAACCGUACAGUUGCGAUGAAAAUUUGUACACGCUCAAAAUAUUUCUAUCGACCGAUAGCGCCCAAAUCACUUCUAAUCUACGAACAAACGAAUCGUACACUUUAAAAUUAAAUUCAUCAGGUAACGAAGCCAAUGUUCACAUCAAAGCGCCUACAGUGUUCGGAGUCAGGCACAGUUUGGAAACGCUGUCGCAAAUCCUCGUGAGCCACGUCGAAGACGGCUCGAAAUGCCUGUCGACUUUGAGCAGCAUUCGCAUCGCCGACGAGCCCAAAUAUCCCCAUCGAGGCCUCCUCAUCGACACUGCCAGAAACUAUCUAAGCAUCGGCGUAAUUAAAAGGCAAAUCGACGGAAUGGCCGCAUCGAAAUUGAACGUGCUGCACUGGCACUUGACCGAUUCGCAGAGCUUCCCCUUCGUCUCCACCAGGUUGCCCAAUAUGACCAGGUACGGCGCUUACAGCCCCACUAAAGUAUACACUCCGGAAGAUGUGAGGAAAUUGAUCGAAUACGCCGAGUACAGGGGCGUGCGGGUGCUGGUCGAAAUCGACGGGCCCUCGCACGCCGGCAUGGGCUGGCAGUGGGGCCCCGGGGCCGGCUUGGGAAAUUUGGCGGUGUGCGUGAACCGGCAGCCGUGGAGGAGCUACUGCGUGCAGCCGCCCUGCGGCCAGUUCAACCCCAUCAACGAGAACCUCUACCGCGCCCUGGGCGACUUGUACUCAGACAUACGGGACGCCACGAACGAUUGGAGGAUGUUCCAUUUGGGCGGCGACGAGGUGAGCAUCUCUUGCUGGAACUCAACCCCCGAGAUUUUGGAGUACCUCAAGGGCCAGCCGCUGACGGAGAAAACCUACCUCGAUUUGUGGGGGCGCUUCCAGCGGAAAAAUCUCCAAGCCUACGAUACCGCUGUUGGUCAUAAAAGCAGUAUGGUAGUCGUAUGGACCAGCCAUUUGACUCAACCCGAGGUCAUUCAGGAAUACUUACCCAACGAUAGGUAUGUUAUUCAAUCUUGGGAACCCGAAAGCGAGAACGAGUUGUUAACGAAUCUGUUAAAACUCGGUUACAAACUUAUAGUGUCUACUAAAGACCGAUGGUACUUAGAUCACGGAUUUUGGGGCACCACAAAGUAUUACAAAUGGAAAACGGUGUACGAAAAUCCCAUUUACACACCAUACACCAGCGCAAUAUUAGGCGGAGAGGUGUGCAUGUGGGGCGAGUUGGUGGACGACUCUAACAUAGACGGGAGAGUAUGGCCCAGGGCGGCAGCGGCGGCGGAAAGGAUGUGGUCGAAUCCUGCGACCAGCGCAGAGUACGCUCAAACCAGGUUCUUCGCGCACAGGGAGCGUUUGGUGGAGAGAGGGAUAAAGGCCGAGGGCGUGAUACCGAGAUGGUGCGCCGAAAACGAAGGGGAAUGCCAAACGUACAUGUGAACGUUCGAAUCGUUUAAUAUUUAUACGGUUUUCAGAGCGACUUGGAAUACUUUAACGAGAAAAUCGGCGUCCUGUUGUGUAACGCACAUCGGCGGUUUGAUGCGUAUGACCUAAAAAUAAGCAACGCGUUCGAAUUAAUAAAUAAUCGGUUGAUGUUUGGUGG